CUAUUUAGUUUUGAAAAUAUCUCAAGAUUAAGCACAAGAAAGAAACUCUUAAUUAACAAAUGCUUUAAAAUGAAGUGAACUUUUAGGGUUAAGAAACCGUUCUCAACACUUGCUUAUCGUAUAUUCGACUAUAUUCAGGAAUACCCAUUUAAAUAGCACAAAUUGUCCAAGUACGAAAAUUCACUUGUAGCAUAAUGUUUCUUAUCAGAAAUCAGUUGGCAACAACAGCAAAAACUUGUGCAAUUAACUGCAUUGGUUCUCGGAUAACAGAAGGAACUAUUAAGCUUUGCCGUAAACGUUUAUCAAGCAGUAGUACACAUACGGCAGCUACCAGAAAUAUGAGGCGCUUAGAAGGAAAAGUUGCUAUUAUUACAGCUUCUACCGAGGGCAUUGGCUUUGCAAUUGCCAAGCGUUUAGCUGAAGACGGCGCCGCGGUGGUAAUCAGCAGUCGAAAGGAAAAAAAUGUGGAUAGUGCAGCCGAUCGUUUGCGCAAGUUAAAUCUUAAUGUUGUUGGUUUAAAGUGUCAUGUUGGAGAAGCACAAGCAGAGAACUUAUAACAUAGAGAAGUUCUCUGCAAACGUCUCUUUGAAGAAACAAUUCGUAGAUAUGGAAAAUUAAAUAUCUUAGUAUCAAAUGCUGCCACAAACCCAGUAGUAGGUGGAGUACUAGACUGCGAUGAGGGCGUGUGGGAUAAAAUAUUUGAUGUAAAUGUUAAAUCUUCUUAUUUACUAGCAAAAGAAGCUUUACCUUAUCUACGCAAAGAAAAAGCUUCCAGUAUAGUUUUUGUAUCUUCCAUUGCUGGCUAUGAUGCUUUCGAGUUAUUGGGUGCAUAUUCAGUCAGCAAGACGGCUUUAAUUGGUCUUACCAAAGCCGCAGCUAAAGAUUUAGCAAAUGAAGGAAUUCGUGUGAAUUGCUUAGCACCUGGAAUUAUAAAAACAAAAUUCUCAAAAGCGCUAUACGAAAGUGAGUCGGCGAACGAAGUAGCGCUAUCGAAAAUUCCUAUGAGACGUUUAGGUACUCCGGAAGAAAUGGCCGGAAUAGUUUCGUUCUUAGUGUCUGAUGAUGCAUCUUACAUAACUGGGGAGACGAUAGUGGCUUCUGGCGGUAUGUCAGGUCGUCUAUAAAUUAAUUGCUACUUUCGCAUGUUAAAUAUAUAUAAAAUAUCUACAUAUAUUUUCAUGGAGUGUCAAUCCCUUCGAGUGUCAUGAAAUAAAGCUCCUCAUAUAGAAAACCAUCAACCCUUAGGAGGCGAUAAUUAUAAACUGUAGACCCCUCCAUUUGUUAGAAAAAUAUCAAGAUGCAAAACCACAAAUUCGAGGAGGAGCUCGGCCGAAAAUCGCUUCAGCGGAUACAAAGCUCCAAUUAUAUAUACAUGUAUUUUCUUUGCGAUUAGAAAUGAAAUGAUUUAUUUAGUGAAGUAAGUAGAUGAAAGCAAUACUUAAA